UUUGUCAAAUACUUCUAAAACAUUCAAACGGAAGAAAAAAUGGUGAACGAAAAUUUUAAAGAAACGGAGAUUUUUUUACAGGAUUUUUCCUCCGAUGAGCUUGCUUGGUUAGAUAUACCUGAGCAAUAUGGCUAUGGAGUUAAUCAAUCCUACCAGAAUGAAGAAGGCAGACAAUAUGGAAUGAAUAAUGCCAUUCCGCAGUAUUCACCAGCUGCACAUUCCAGUGCCGCUCCAACUACAUCGGGCAGCAUGUCAGCCUACAGCUUUCCAAAUCACGUCGAACGCCCCAUGAUGAUGGAGCUCAGCGAAUCUCCCCAUAGUCACGUGCAAAUGAACGGUCAUUCCAUGAAUCAAGGAGAAAACAGAUACGAAGGCCGACCUGUUGAUCUGUCUAGUCCUCGUCCCAAUAGUCAUUACGAUCAUUCUCAUCUAGUUAAUCAACAUAGAUCAAAUCAUUAUCGAUCCCAUGACCCUCCUUCCUAUGAAAAUGGUCUGUCAAUGGGCAUGGCUAGUUGUGAUUCAUCCCUUCAGUAUUCGCCUGGCCCAGAGAAAUUAAAUGGCGAGCAAUCUCAACACCAGUUGCUUUCAAUUGGCGGCAUGCCUCCCAUGCUUCACCCACCCUCUCACCAUAGUUCACCCAUGCCUUCUCCUACACUUGAUGAUAGGAUACGAUCCAGAUGGAACGAACAAAGACUAUCAAGGGAUGCCGUGAAGAAAUAUCUUCGUGAAAGGGGAGACAUGGUUGUGGUUAUACUUCAUGCAAAAGUAGCUCAAAAAUCCUACGGCAACGAGAAAAGGUUCUUUUGUCCACCACCUUGUAUUUAUUUGCUUGGAGACGGAUGGAGAAGAAAGCACGAGCAAAUGUCUCGAGAUGGAGAAAGCGAACAAGGCACCCAUUUAUGUGCUUUUAUAGGCAUUGGCAAUUCCGAUCAAGACAUGCAGCAACUCGAUUUCAACGGCAGGAAUUAUUGUGCAGCCAAAACACUCUUCAUCAGUGAUUCCGACAAAAGGAAACAUUUCAUGCUUUCAGUGAAAAUGUUUUUUGGAAACGGAGAAGAUUUGGGACUAUUCCAGAGUAAAAGAAUCAAAGUAAUAUCAAAACCAUCAAAGAAAAAACAAUCUCUAAAAAAUGCUGAUCUGUGUAUAGCAUCAGGUACCAGAGUUGCACUAUUCAAUCGCUUGCGUUCUCAGACAGUAAGUACUAGGUAUUUACAUGUAGAGAAUGGAAAUUUCCAUGCUAGCUCAGCCCAGUGGGGUGCGUUUACCAUCCAUUUGUUGGAUGACAAUGAGUCAGAAUCCGAAGAGUUUACCGUCAGGGAUGGUUAUAUUCACUACGGAUCCACCGUGAAACUAGUCUGUUCUGUCACUGGAAUGGCUCUUCCCAGAUUGAUUAUAAGGAAGGUGGAUAAACAGACAGCUUUAUUGGAUGCAGAUGAUCCAGUUUCACAUAAUUUUUUAAUAUGACACAAAUGUGCCUUCUACAUGAAAGACACCGAACGGAUGUACCUCUGUUUAUCACAGGAGAGGAUAAUUCAGUUCCAAGCUACCCCUUGUCCAAAAGAACCUAAUAAAGAAAUGAUAAAUGACGGAGCUUCUUGGACAAUUAUCAGUACUGAUAAAGCUGAAUAUACAUUCUAUGAAGGUAUGGGGCCAGUGAGAUCACCAGUCACGCCUGUCCCAAUUGUACAUAGUCUUAAUCUAAAUGGCGGAGGUGAUGUUGCAAUGCUAGAGCUUUCUGGCGAAAGUUUUACGCCUAAUCUUAGAGUAUGGUUUGGGGAAGUAGAAGCUGAAACAAUGUACAGAUGUCAAGAAAGUAUUUUAUGUGUUGUUCCUGAUAUUUCAUCUUUUCGAGAAGGAUGGCAGUUUGUAAGGCAACCGACACAAGUGCCUGUAUCUUUAGUGCGUAGUGAUGGGAUUAUUUACGCAACCGGUUUAACAUUUACUUAUACCCCUGAACCUGGUCCAAGACCUCACUGUCCUCAAAUAGAAGAUGUUUUAAGACCAAAUCUUCUUCAUAAUCAUGUAUCUGACGGUGUUGAACACUCACAGUCCUCUUUAAUGAUGCCUCCUCACAGUUACCAAGAUCAUAAUCUAUAGUAGCAGUUACUAUAGUACAGUCUACUAUAGUACAGUCUUUAUUUUUAAACGAAACAUUGUAUAUAGAAAUUAUAUUUCAUAAACGAAAGAUUUGUUUUAUGUCAAAGAUUUUUAUUUACUUUUAUACCUAAAGUAAGCAUUGCACUUUCAUCUAAAAUUAUGUUUGAAAUACAUUCUUUUUAUACUAUAAUAUCUCUAAAGGAUUAUUAAUUUGCAGAGGGUGUUCCCUCAUCUCCACAUUUGCUAUGCAUUUUUAGAAUACUUUUCAAAUUAAUUGAUAAUUAUUUUACGCAGGAAAGAGUUCCAAAACUAAACAAUAAUUAAAAAAGCAUGGUAUCCAUGUGUGGAAAACAUAUAAUCAAACAGUCAAAAUUAAUUAGCAAAUGACAAUCCCAGAUAGCAGUGUAGGGUUCAUUUUAAUGUCAGCCAUAACCUUUAUCACAAAGCCGAACAAGCUCUAUAAAUGAUUAACAAAUAAACGCAAGAUUGAAACAGUUUGAAGCUAAGCUGGUUUACGAGCUAUGAAAUUCUCAUCAAGCUUCCUUGUAUAAACAACCCUUUUAUAUCAAAAUUGAAUCUGCCUUUUAAAAACAAGGCAGGAAAAACUUUCUAAAAUCGUGGAUGUGUCAUCAUUCGCAAAUCAAGAGUAGAAAACGUUCUCAAAUCGAGGAUAAAUUUAUCUUUUCUAGGUUUUAAAUUUUAUGACCAUCACUGAAACAAGGUUCAUUUACGCAGAUAAACUUUCUUUAACGUUUUAAAAGUGAUGGUUGGCCUGAUCAUUAAUUUUUUCAACGCAAACAACCAAGUAAAAAUGAAAAUACAAGGUAUACAAUAAGGUUGCCUGCUAUCUGAGACAGGAUUGCCCCCCUUUUUUUGUCUGUUCUAAUAAAUGAAAGUAAAUAGUUGAUUUUCUUUGACAAAUAAAAUGGUUUUCCUGAUUUUAAUUCCAAAAACAAAAUCUUUGAUAAAAAUGAUAAGAUGGAGCCUGAUGGAAUGAUGGAUAGAAUUAGAAUUCUUAGUGUUGCUCUUGAUUUGACAAAAGGGAGUUGUCUCUAAGAGCAUAUAUAUAUAUAUAUAUAUAUAUAUGGAAAACCAGGCUGAAUGAUAUCAAAGGAUUGAAAGCAGCUGAGGUUUGAUUGCCACAGGACGAAAGAGAUGGUGAUUUUACUCUCUUUCAAAAUCAUUAACCCUUGCUAGAAUUUUGUAAUUAUUUAUAUUUAUAAUUUUUUCCUUAAAAAAGCAAACAACAAAAACAUUCUAAUGGUUUCUUAUUUGAAAACUAUCCUAAAAAUCAGGAGCAAGCAUGAACGAUGAUUUUAGAAUACUAAAAAUAUGUCCUUAAGUUGAGUUUAUUGCGGAAAUAUUUUUUUCUGCAACUUGGUCAAUGCUUACUCUGGGUGAAAGUGUACACAAAUAUGUACUGCUUGAAAUGAAAGAAAGCAGGUCUGAUUUUGUAUAUGUAGCUUCUGUGAUAACUUUUGAUAACUUUUAUGUUCCUGUAAUGCUGUUUAAGAACAAAAUUGUAUGUUUCGGUAUUCAAUAAUUAGUCAAUCUUUCUUCUUGUUGUGGUAACAUUUAUGGUGAAGUGAAACAAAUAAUAAACAUCAUUAUUUUUAAAAAGACAUCAACUUUUCAAUACUUACAAAGAAAUAUUUUCUUUUGUCUACUUGACUUCAUUCAAUCAUUUUUCAAUCAUUUUUCACUUUGUUUAGGGGCUAAUCUUUUUUUCCCGGUGGCAGUAAUAAAUGUACCAUAAGAAAAAAUGUUCAUUAUUUUUUCAUUACAUAAUUGCCUAAUUAUUUAUUUAUUUCAAUCUGAAGGCUUUGAUUUAAAAAUUUUUUUCUAUGAUUUCACUAAAUAGUAUUUUGUUUCUACAACAAGCACUGUUCUCACUGUAAGAUGUAUCAUGGAUCAAACUCAAUCUUUAAAGAUUGAGAUUUCCCCCCAAUGUUUGGGAAUAAUUUCCAUUUAUUUAGAUAAUUUCAAUAUAAAUAACACUGGGGACAAAGUAAUGAUCUAGUACUACAGCGCAUGCAGAAAGUUUAAUAGUAUAUUUCUUUUGCCUUCCAUUUAUUUAGAUAAUUUCAAUAUAAAUAACGCUAGGGACAAAGUAAUGCAGAAAGUUUAAUUGUAUAAACAACGUCAACAUCCUGAGCCAAGACACAGAAUCUAUAUUGAAUUGGUGAUGGUAAUAAGUUUUAAGUAUUUAUACUUGUAAGUAUUGUACAUCAUAAAUUAUUGUGAAGAAUUUUGUCAGUGUCAUGUUUUGAAAGCUAAAGAAUUGACUAAUUAAAUUUUAUCAUAAAAAAUGCUUAAAUCAAAUUUUACACUUAAUCUCUGUAACUAAAAAUCAAUAAGAUAUGGAAUCUAUAUCUUAGCAGCAAUAAUAACACAGUCGUAACUACUUAUUAUUGUAAUUAAAGUGUUGCUUUCAGCAUUUCUUAUUUCAACGUAAAAAUAUCUUUCCGUUUAUAUGUUGGCAUUCCGGAUUGAAUUCCCCUUUCCUUAUGUUUGUAUAUUUAGAUAGAUUACCAGCCGUUGAACUAGUAUAAAUGAAUUCCAGUAUGUUUGUCUACCGUUUUGUUGCCUGAUCACUCCAAAAAACUCUGCUAAAGAAUUUUGCCAGUGGUGGAAAAUUUUUGAAUAUCACCUAAUUAUGAUCCAAUAAUACAUAAUUGUAAUCCAUUUUGAAUACGCAUCUAAUUAUGAUCCUGCGAUGAAGACAUUCCUAUAUUCGUUAUGUAUUAUAUGUUUUAUGUACGUGUUGCUUGUUUACUUUUUAUAAAAUGGCUAUUGUUUUUCCAAAUGUUUUCAGUAAAAUAUCUUCCUGUAUUGUUGAAAGUGCGUUAUUAAAUUGCUUAUUUAUUAAGAA